AUGUCGACGUCUGAAGCUACCACUUCCAUUCCAGUCGCUUCGAAUACUAUUCCUAGUGACAAAUCGGAACUCGACAUGUCUUGUACUUUGCGUGAAAAUCUCACGUCUCUAACUGCACUUCUGACCGAGUUACAGCUCUAUCAAGUUGUCAAGACUUUGUGGCGCGUCAAUAGCCAUGACCCCAUUCGUUUCGACCUCACGACAUCACAUUGCGUGGUUGAAGCUGUUGGUAGCAAGAAGCAGACGCUUAAACUUUCAUGGGGUGACGUAUUAGGCGCUCACGUGCUCACAGUCGAUGGGGAGCACGUAAAAACGUCGGUGGACAACCUCGACACAGUAGCGGCCAAUACUCUGUUCCUCUUGAGCAUUUUUGCCUGCAUCUGCUCCAGCGACAGAGUCAAUACAUUGAAGACGAGAAUAACUAGAGAAUUCGUUUUCCGAUUCAAUGGGAAACAGCUGCAGCAAGUGCUUCAAUUGCAGCGUACCAUCAAUUUUGUGGCAGAUCCUCGAAACUACAAGACGGUGCAGCAAUUAAAGACAUUGGAUGAGUUGGAGGUUGUGGAGAGACCGCAACGCAAGUUUCUCAUCUUAGUGAACCCUGUCAGUGGAUCAGGACGUGCAUUGCAGAUUUACGAGAACAAAGUGGCACCGGUUUUCAAGUUUGCAAAUGUGGAAACCGAGGUGAAAAUCAUGGAACAUUCAAAUCAUGCAAUGGAAGUUGUCAUGGAAAUGCCAUUAGGUGUUUACGACUGUGCCGUCGCAGUGGGUGGAGACGGCAGUUUGUACGAGAUUGUGCAGGGUUUAAUGAAGCGGACAGACUGGAAUAAUGCUAUUCGACAACCCAUUGGUGCCAUUCCAGGUGGGUCAGGCAAUGGUCUGGCGCACUCUAUCACUCAUCGGUGUGGUGAGAAGGGCAAACCGGUGAAUGCUGCAUUUGUGCUGGCUAAGGGUAUGCCUCAUGAUCUGGACAUCACGUCUGUGCGCAACGAAAAGGAGACAAAGUACUCGUUCCUGUCGCUAGAGUGGGCAUCUAUCGCUGAUGUUGACAUUGGGUCUGAAAAGCUGCGCAUGCUUGGAGACCUGCGAUUCACGGUCGCAUUCAUUAAUCAAAUUGUGUUCCAGAGGCCUGAGUACCCGGGCAAAAUCUGGUAUCUUGAAGAGGAGAACGAGAAUCCACUGCACUACUUUGAGACGAACGACCCCAAGUCGACGGAUCGCCCCAAAAUGGACUUAUUCGAUGGAAACGGCCAAGGACCCCCACAAUCAAUAGACUUGAAGAAUGGAGAGGGGCAAGCAAUCGAAGAGAAGACUGAGAAGAAUGUAGACCAGGGCGGAAAGUGGAAGGAGCUAAGCGGUCAUUUCCGCAUUGUGUGGGUAACGAACGUAUCGCAUGCAGCUUCCGACGCUCACAUUGCUCCCGACGCACAGUUCGAUGACGGCUACAACUAUAUCACCUUCAUUGAUGGCUCAUACCGACGCAAGGACCUACUAGCUAUGCUGCUCACCAUGGAUAGCGGCAACCACAUUAACAAGAAGGGCGUGCAGCAGGUGCGCACACGGGCGUUUAAGCUCGUGCCGGAGCGGGCCACCGACCUCAUGUGCGUUGAUGGCGAGUUGGCGGAGGGUCCAUUCCUUGAAGCACAGGUCCACCGUGGCAUGGCUCGUAUUAUGGUUAUCCCUUUCUGGCAGAAUGAGAAUAAACAGUAG